AUGUCCCGAGAAGCCUACCAGAUUCCCACCUCUCAAGGCGCCGGCGGCCCUGGCGCUGGCAACGCCGCCGUCGCGGGCCGUGCCGUUGACAACGAAGGACUCCCCAUGCUGUACAUCUGCGGAGAUUGCGGAACCAAGUUUCCCUUGAAGCGCGGCGACACUAUCCGUUGCAUCGAGUGCGGCUGUCGAGUCCUCUACAAGGAAAGAACCAGAAGAAUGGUCCAGUUCGAGGCGCGGUGA